AUGCAGGACAGUAACUUCCUGCUGUCUGCCCUACAGCCGGAGGCCGGUGUGUGCUCCCUGGCGCUGCCCUCGGACCUGCAGCUGGACCGCCGGGGAGCUGAGGGACCAGAGGCCGAGCGGCUCCGGGCAGCCCGAGUUCAGGAGCAGGUCCGAGCCCGCCUCCUGCAGUUAGGCCAGCAGGCACGGCACAACGGGGCAGCUGAGCCCGAGGGGGCUGCCGAGGCCACCAGAGGCCCGUCCAGAGGACAGUACCACACCCUGCAGACAGGCUUCAGCUCCCGCUCCCAGGGCCUGAGCGCCGACAAGAACUCGACCUUCCGGCCCAUCUCCAAGCCUGCUUACAGCCCUGCCUCCUGGUCCUCACGCUCUGCCGUGGACUUGAGCUCCAGCCGGAGGUUGAGCUCCGCCCACAAUGGGGGCGGCACCUUUGUGGCUGCCGGAUAUGGGAUGGCCCCACCCGCAGCACCUGUGCCCGCCCGGCCCUUGUCCUUUCACGAUCGGAGCGCUCUGGGUGGCAGGGCCGACUAUGACACGCUAUCCCUGCGCUCGCUGCGGCUGGGACCCAGCGGCCUGGACGACCGCUACAGUGUGGUGUCGGAGCAGCUAGAACCUGCCACCGCCUCCGCCUACAGGGCCUUUGCCUAUGAGCGCCAGGCCAGCUCUACUUCCAGCCGGGCAGGGGCACUGGACUGGCCAGAGGCCACAGAGCCCCCCCCAAGCCGAACCAUCCGUGCCCCUGCCAUGCGGACCCUGCAGCGGUUCCAAAGCAGUCAUCGCAGCCGUGGCGGGGCCGGGCCAGCACCCGGGGCCAUGCUGGAACCUAUGGCCCGAGUGCCCUCUGUGCGCAGCCUGAGCCUGGCUGAUACUGGCCAUCUGCCAGACAUGCCGGGACUGGACAGCUACGGGGGCCACCGCACCCUGCAGAGACUCAGCAGUGGCUUUGACGACAUUGACCUGCCAUCAGCCGUCAAGUACCUCAUGGCCUCAGACCCCAACCUGCAGGUGCUGGGAGCGGCCUACAUCCAACACAGGUGCUACAGCGACGCAGCUGCCAAGAAGCAGGCCCGCAGCCUUCAGGCCGUACCGAGGCUGGUGAAGCUCUUCAACCAUGCUAACCAGGAGGUGCAGCGCCACGCCACAGGCGCCAUGCGCAACCUGAUCUACGACAACGCGGACAACAAGCUGGCCCUGGUGGAGGAGAACGGCAUCUUUGAGCUGCUGAGGACGCUCCGCGAACAGGAUGAUGAGCUACGCAAGAAUGUCACAGGAAUCCUGUGGAACCUCUCGUCCAGUGACCACCUGAAGGACCGGCUGGCCCGCGACACACUGGAGCAGCUCACUGACCUGGUACUGAGCCCCCUCUCAGGGGCUGGGGGACCACCCCUCAUCCAGCAGAAUGCCUCUGAGGCUGAGAUCUUCUACAACGCUACAGGUUUCCUCAGGAACCUAAGCUCAGCCUCCCAGGCUACUCGCCAGAAAAUGAGGGAGUGCCACGGGUUGGUGGACGCCCUGGUCACCUACAUCAACCAUGCCCUGGACGUGGGCAAGUGCGAGGACAAGAGUGUGGAGAAUGCUGUGUGUGUGCUGAGGAACCUGUCCUACCGCCUGUAUGAUGAGAUGCCACCAUCGGCACUACAGCGGCUCGAGGGCCGAGGCCGCAGGGACACUGCAGGGAUGCCCCCAGGAGAGAUGGUGGGCUGUUUCACACCACAGAGCCGGCGACUGCGCGAGCUGCCCCUGACAGCAGAUGCACUCACCUUUGCGGAGGUGUCUAAGGACCCCAAGGGCCUCGAGUGGCUGUGGAGUCCCCAGAUUGUGGGGUUGUACAACCGGUUACUGCAGCGCUGUGAGCUGAACCGGCACACAACCGAGGCCGCGGCUGGGGCACUGCAGAACAUCACCGCCGGCGACCGUAGGUGGGCCGGUGUCCUGAGCCGCCUGGCUCUGGAGCAGGAACGCAUCCUGAACCCCCUGCUGGACCGCGUCCGCACUGCUGACCACCACCAGUUACGCUCACUGACUGGGCUCAUCCGAAAUCUGUCCCGGAAUGCCAGGAACAAGGAUGAGAUGUCCACCAAGGUGGUGAGUCAUCUGAUCGAGAAGCUCCCAGGCAGCGUGGGUGAGAAGUGUCCCCCAGCUGACGUGCUGGUCAACAUCAUUGCCGUGCUCAACAACCUGGUAGUGGCCAGUCCCAUCGCGGCCAGAGACCUUCUCUAUUUCGAUGGACUUCGCAAGCUCCUCUUCAUCAAGAAGAAGCGGGACAGCCCUGAUAGUGAGAAGUCCUCAAGGGCGGCCUCCAGUCUCCUAGCCAACCUGUGGCAGUACAGCAAACUCCAUCGGGACUUCCGAGCGAAGGGCUAUCGGAAGGAGGACUUCCUGGGACCAUAGCCGAGGCCCCUGGAGGAGGGGCAGGUGGUGUGACCAGCUCCAAAGGACA